CGCGGGCGGGAAGAGGCGGAGCUCUCUGCGCAGGCGGGGCUCUGCGCCGUCGGGCUCUCCCCUGCAACCUCUGUCUGGUGGUGCUAGCUUGUGGUCCAGUCCCCGCCCGAACAGGUAGCUCGCCCCUCCCCUGGGCAGGUACGCACCGCUGCGGAGCGGGCUCGAGUGGGCCGCUCUGCGCCCUCCUCCUGUGCUUAUAUGUGGCCCCAUUUGGACGCUCGGGCAUGGAGCACGCUGCUCGACCUCAACGAUGGACUUGGACGAGCUGCUCCUGCUGGACUGCUUCGCCUACCUAGAGGGUGUCUUGGCUUUUGUGUUCUUCGUAUUGCUCAGUUAUGUGGGCUCUCCCUAUGGCCGCUACUCGUGGCAGCAUCCCGGUGUGCAAGUGCCGGCGCGACCGGCCUGGUUCCUGCAGGAGCUGCCCUCGAUGGUUUGGCCGCUGUAUGAGUGCGUCCGCCCUGCAGCCACGCGCCUGAGUAGCCUGCCCAACCGGGUCCUGCUGGCCAUGUUUCUGAUCCACUACGUGCAAAGGACUCUGGUUUUCUCGGUCCUGAUCCGAGGAGGGAAACCCACGCCCCUGAUUUCCUUUAUUGGAGCAGUGCUGUUCUGCACCUUCAACGGCUACCUGCAGAGCAGGUACUUGAGCCAGUUUGCAGAGUAUGCGGACGACUGGGUGGCCCAGCCCUGUUUCCUGACCGGUUUUGCCUUGUGGUUAAUAGGCAUGGUGGUAAAUAUCCAUUCCGACCACAUCCUGAGGAAUCUGAGAAAACCAGGGGACACUGGAUACAAAAUACCCAGGGGAGGCCUGUUCGAAUAUGUCACUGCAGCCAACUACCUUGGGGAGAUUGUGGAGUGGUGUGGCUUUGCAUUGGCCAGCUGGUCUCCCCCGGGUGGAGCGUUUGCUCUGUUCACGAUCAGUACGCUGCUCACCAGGGCAAGGCAGCAUCACCAGUGGUACCAUGAGAAGUUUGAAGAUUACCCCAAAUGGAGAAAAAUUCUAAUUCCAUUUGUGUAUUAAUGUGAUGUCAGCGGCAUCGUCCUUGAAGAGCUCCUUCCUGGCGGCGACGUCUCUCUGGGCAAUUGUCAAUGAACUGUUUCCUUAAUUCUGCAGCACCACUGUUUUCAGGAAGGGCUACGGGGGUUUUCAUCCCCUGGUAAAGGAGUAAGCCAAUCAUAAAGUAAUCCCACUGUGUGCUGUUAGGGACGGUGCUGCCUGCCAGACCAGGACUGGGGAGCACUGGGCCAUUGCAGCUGUCUCUGCCUUCAAAUGUGCCUCUUUGCCGUUUUGAUUUUGUUUCUUUGUUUAUUUCUAGAUUUUUGUUUGUUUGUUUUGGUUUAGGUUUUUUUUUUUUUUUCCAAGACAGGAUUUCACUGUGUAACCCUGACUGUCCAGGAACUCGCUCUGUAGACCAGGCUGGCCUCCAACUCACAGAGAUCCGCCUGCCCCUGCCUCCUGAGUGCUGGGAUUAAAGGCGUGCGCCCCCACUACCCAUUGUUUGUGCAUUUUUGAGGCCAAGUCUCAUUGUGUAGACCAGGCUGUCCCUACACUCACGGAGAGAUGAGACGCCUCUCGCGGAAAGGCACUCACCUCCGCCACCCCAUUGCCACCGAACCUGGCAGUGCCUCUGGGUUCUGGGCUGCAGAAGUGGAAGAAGAAACCACUGACCCCACACCUCUUACAACCGACCAACCCUGCAAGGAACGCACAGGUCAGCAGGGGUCUCUUGCCUCCUCCGUGGAUGUGUGUUCUGCCUGUUCAGCCCAGGCUGCAGAGGCCUGGGGCUGCGGGAGUAGUCGUGGCCAGGGAAAGAUCCCAGUCCACUGGCUGGCCUUCCCUGCAGCUGCUCCGCUAGACCCCGAGACUGGGGAAAGGCCUCUUUC